GCAUUCAGUUGAAGCAGUUUGUGGCACAAGAGGAUGCUGGACACACACUCGGGUUACUUUCUGCAUAUUGGCUUAUUCUGUCCUAAAGGAUGACCACAGACGGUUGUGAUUCUUUAGGGGACUUCCCAACCAUAAUUGGAGCGAUGCUGGGCUCCAAUAUCUCCAAGUCAUUGCGCGAGAGCAAUGCCACCAAGAACUCCAGCUGUCGAUCUGUAUCAGUUGGUUUCCCCAUAACCAUGAUGAUCACUGGCAUGGUAGGCAACACACUGGCUCUUAUUCUGGUUUGCAUCUCUUACAGAAAGAAGGAGAAUAAAAGGAAAAAGUCUUUCCUGCUUUGCAUUGGAUCUCUAGCAUUAGUUGACCUGUUUGGACAGCUUUUGACGAGUCCUAUAGUGAUAUCAGUUUACAGAGCCGAUCUGAAGUGGGAGCGUAUCGACUCAUCUGGACAUUUGUGCGCCUUUUUCGGCGUGUGUAUGACAACUUUUGGUCUGUGCGCCCUUUUCUUGGCCAGUGCCAUGGCAAUUGAAAGAGCUAUGGCGAUAACAAACCCUCACUGGUACUCCAAUAACAUGAAGACAAGUGUGACCAAGCAGACUUUGGCUGUCAUAUGGUGUCUUGUGUUGCUUUUUGCUCUGCUGCCCGUCGUAGGGGUCGGGAAAUACACACUCCAGUGGCCGGGCACCUGGUGCUUCAUAAGUACUGGAGACAGAGAAGUGCCUGGAAAUAUGUUUUUCGCCACCACUUUUGCCGUGCUUGGAAUUUUCUCUUUGCUUGUAACGCUUUCCUGCAAUGUGGUGACGAUCCGGGGCUUACUUGUCCGCUGUAAAACCAAGUCUGGCACGUCUCAGUCAACAAAACAGUGGGAACGGCUCACCACGGAGACAGUCAUUCAACUGUUGGGGAUUAUGUGCGUCCUGCUAAUAUGCUGGUCCCCACUGCUGGUUCUGAUGCUGAGGAUGAUCUCCACCCAGAUUUCCUCCCAUGAGUGUAAUUCAACAGCAUCGACCUCUAGCAACACGUCCGGCCGGGAUGUGCACUUAGACUGUAACUUUUUCCUCACAGCAAUCCGCUUGGCCUCCCUAAACCAGAUUCUGGACCCGUGGGUGUAUCUGCUCCUCAGGGAGAUCCUCCUCCGCAAGUUCUGCCUGGUGGCUAAUGCAGUGUCCAACUGCUCAGUAGACGAUCAGAAGGGUACUCCUACUGCUUUAGAUGCGCUUAACAAGCAAGACCAAGAGGAAAACAACCUUCAUAAACCACAAAGCAGCUAAGGGAAGCUUGGACAGGAAUUAUUUUUUAUCACAACUGACGCCAGGAAAGAUGUAAAAAAAAAAAACGGAUAGACUAUCGGGAUGGAUUUAUUGUGAAAAAAAAUGGAGGUUAAUUUUUCUCCAGUUCCUCCUCAGAAAGAUGUGUUGCAAUUGGAGAUUAGAACAGGGACUGUUACACUGUUAAAACACAGCUGACUGUGGUGUGGGUGCUCUUGUUUUGCCUGGAACACAUUCCAUCCAAAGUCACCUAACCAGCAUGCGGAUGCAUGACCAUGUCAUUUGGCUGCUGGGAGCUCUAUCAGUGCUGGUCUCACUUUUAAUAACAACAUCUCCCAGACUCAAGAACUGAAUAUCGGUGAAUCUUAACUGACUGUAUAUGGAAGUGUUGCAUCUCCCUCUCUUCCUGUAGGAUGUGAAACAACUUGAAGCCAUAAUCCAACUGAAGGACAAACUGUUUUUGAGAAUGUCUGUAAAUUAAAUAGAAAAAUGCAAAUAGCUUCAAACUAAUUUGUAAAUAUCUCAAACAUGAAAUGUUACCACUGUGCAGGAAGGAUGGUAUUUCAGAAACAAAAUGUAAUGCUGAACUGGAGCCAAUUGUUGAGUGUAAGGUUAUUUAUUAAUGUAAAUAGUAAUAAGAAGAUGGUUGUUUUUGUGCACUGAAUGCUUAUGUCGUCAACUUGUAAGCGUACUGUAAGUGUUUGUUUAUCAGCCAGUAGACAAGACCGCAAAAUGUGAAGCGUUUAUGUUGUUGCCACUGGUAAAAAAAAAGUGCAAUUUGUCUUUCAGAAUAACUUCUUAACCACUGUAAUGAAUGCAAAAGUGUGUAUGAGAAACGGCAAAAGAGUUACAGGGUUUGAAAUUAUGAGUUAAGAGGUGACGGAGAGUCCUGAUACUGUAGUUCCAGGACUCUAACUCUUACUGUUAAUCCCAGGGACAUGUCUAGACUUUUUUGACUGGGGUGGCCCAACUGAGGCACUGACUUUUAGCAAUGGCACGAAGUAUUACUACAUGAAUAGACUUUAUUUACCUUUUUUGCCUACACUAAUCAUAUCUGUUUGUCCAGUCAUAAGUUUAAGUACUAAAAAUUGCAAGAAAACUCUGGCACAGUCUAACUGUGAAAAAAACAUGUAUUGGCAACAUUUUGCUACCUAAACAAUCUAAAGUGCCAACAAAAGAAAACGUGCUACAUAAAAAUGAAAGGAUAACUACUAGCAAUAUGUUGCAAUACAGCCCAAAUAGUCAAUUUUGAAAUAAGUGUUGCCUCUGAUAAGGCAAACAGCCAAUCAUAGUUGAGGAUUUUGGGUGGCCGAACAGGUGGGCACACCUGGCGACCUGCCUGGAUACACCCCUGAGCACUUCUUACUUGUCUCUUUGGAUUGGAUGUAUUCUUGUUCUUGAAGUACACACUGGUGAACAAAAAGUGUACCUAACAUCACCAGCCAAGAGUUUCUGGAACGAGACCCUCUAUUGGUGCACUCUUUUUGAUCAUUUUAAUAAAUGAGAGUAGAGAGAGAUAGGUCUUCUCUUUUAGCACAAGGCUGAUGAGCAGCAAUGGAAGGAUGAAAGUCCAGACUUCCUAAAACAUAUUUCCCCCAAAAAGAGAGAAAGAUUAUAAAAGCUUUUUUGGCACAUUUGACGCUGCUUUUAAACUGCUUUGCCCAAUGUGGCUUUACGGGCUACAAGCUUUUGUCAGUGUGAGGCAGUUCUUCGCUACACAAAUUCAGGCUUUUAUUUCUGUGAUAAUUGCUUCUGACAUGUUGAAUUGGAGUGCAUAUUGUAUCACUUUGUCUUGCAAAAAAAAAUCCCUGAAGCAUUGAUGCUACCUCUGGAUAGAAGUAAAUAUUGAUUCAUUUUAAUGUGUAUAAUUUCUCAGAGGUAGUAUACAAAGAAGGUUUGCUUUAGUGCCAAAUGAUUGGAUGUCAUUGACCAAGAGUUCUGCUACUGGCAACAACAAUUCAUGCCUUUUACAAUGUUGUACACUUCAUUUUUAAAGCUAUCUCCUUUGUAAAUAUAUUUAAAUAUGUCCCACAUCAAAGGCAUUCAAAGACUUCUCAAGGAUGGUGACAUUUGCAUUUCAUUAUUGGAGAAUUGGUCACACCGACAUCACCACUCUGCCUUCUCAGCACAUCACCUAACACGAUUAUGUAGACUUACUGUAUGUGCGCUCAGCCUUUGCCCGGUCUCCUCUUUGCCUUUCAAAUGUGUGAAAAAAACAAACAAGCUGGGUGAUAAUUAAGAGACAGGAAUAGCCCUGAAAGAUGAAAAGCAUUUUGUAAAAGCUGUUCUACCUUUUGUAGCCCGCUUUAACAGUUAACCUUGGCGGGUGAGUGACAACACAAGUUGUUAAAGAAAAGACACGCAACGUUUGUUUGAAAGUGUAUCACACAGAGACCAAUACCUUUGCAUUAAUGUUGAUUAUCCUUGCCAGCUAUGAAUCUGUAGAAUGAAAAUGUUUCCUUUUGUUACCUUGCUUAAGAACAUAAAACACAUUCCUCAACUAACAGGUUCGCUAAUGUAAAAGCAUCUCCUUGACAUGAGAUGAGUGUAAUGAAUACUUCUAUAAUUGAGUUGUGGCUCUGCGCAGUGAUUUUUAUCCAAUGCAUAUGUUCACCUUGCACAGCAAUUAAUUUAAACAGCAACAGCAACAUCUUGAGUUUAAUCCAUGCAUUUAAAAUUUUGAUUGCAUUCAUUUGCAUUGUGCAGUAGUACACAGGAGGGCUGAUAAUGCUCUCAGCCUCCACUUGGAUGUGUGACAUGUAAUUAUCUCUGCACAGUCCACAAGACUUUGAUGCCUCCUGCUCUUCGGUAAAGAAAAAAAAUACACAGGGGAAUAUCCGCCUAGAGCCAACAUGCUCUACUUGCAGUUAUACAUUUUCCAGGGUGCUACAUCCAACCCAAUACACACACUGGGAGGUAAAAUGGAAGAAUAGCUAUUCUGUCUUUUGCUAAGAGAAAAUGUGAUAUGUUUAUACCCUCCCAAGUGGAUCCAGUAAAAGCCUACACAUUGUUUACAGUGAGUGCUUCCUCUGAUUCUGCAUUAAUGAUAAAUGAAUGCCCAUCAGAAACAGGCAAGCUACACAGUAAUAUGAGAUGAAUGUGUCUGCAAACUCCAGUGUAUUGAUCCACAUGGUGCAAUCUUCAAAUGCGAUAACAGUUUAUGUUUGGCUUCAUUAAAAGUUGUGGCAGAGUUUAAUUUUCACUCUGCUGCAAACACGCUCCAACAUAUUAAUCUCAAACUUGCAUACAGGUCUCUUGUAGAAAUGAAACUACAGAUGUUAUUGAAGCUUUGGCUGUCAGGACUCUGAUGAUGUUGUUUCUCACGUGCCUGAGUGGUAAUUUGUGUGAAGGACUAACCAUUUCAGCAGGCAGUUCCUGCACCAGCGUGGAAGGGAGUGUACAAUUACAUAAUGAUUCGAAAACAGGCUCUAUGUGGUCUGGAGAGUCCUGUGCUGCCAGCUGGCUUCAUCUCUUGCUCUCAAGUCACUAAUGCUUGGAAGUGAUUUACUGAUUGCCUCAGGAGUUGCACAGUCACUUGAUGGUUUGAGAUUUCAAGACAAGGAGAGAUUGUUGGAUGAAAUGUUUGUUCAUUCAGUAAUUUGCAUAUGUGCUCACAGUUUUAAUACUUGUACUUUCAUUUAUACAUAUGCAUUCAAAUACAGCUUUAAUUUUCAUAAAUAGUGAAUAAUUAAAGCUUGUUUUCAACAUUGUUUUUCACUCAACUUCUCCAGUAUGUAAGACUUUACCUUGUGACUCCCCCUAAAACCUAUUGUGCCAUCAUAAUAGAUUUGUUUUCUUUAACCUAUGGUAAACAGCAUUCAUUUAUCUGAACCACUCACUGUGUUGACAAUUGGUGGUGUCUAUUCUGAAUAGAACAAGAAAAAAAUCACUUUCUCCUAUCUGUGGUACCACAAACUCACAGACAGGCCCAGAAAGUUGACAUGUUUUGUGCCAUGAGCCUCUUACUGUUGUGGAGACGCAGCUGAUCAGAAACUCUUUGUAUGGCAUCAGUAAUGCAACUCUGUUGUUUGAAAACCCAUUUGCCAAAUCGGCAUCCAUUAGAGGCACAAAAAGCCUUAAAUUAGUGUGUUAAUGUCAGCAAGAGGGAAACAAACAAUCUGGCAGGUAGAGUGAGUGUUUCUGGAGUCUGUUCAAAGAGCACAUGAUGUGUAACACAUGCAUACCGUUCAAAAGAAACAGGUUUUGCCCACCGGCUGAGGCACAUAUGAUGAAUGUAAAUAAAUACCUGAUGUCUUUGAGAUGUCAGUGCUCUUAUCUUUUGUUCUGCUUUUUGAAUGUUGAGCAAACGUUCUUUACACUCUGACAGAAAUGUCUACAAACUGAACUCUGGGACACGAUGCUCAGAUGAGGGCUAUAACACACUUACACACAGCUACUGUUUCCAAUGCUAUUGUUUCUUUAACUCUCCAUUUAUCUUAAGAAUGCUUCUUUUAUUUUAACCAUGUGUUGACGUUCCUGUCAUAGAUAAGCUUACGUAACAUGUUGCUGAUAUGAAAAGAGAAAAAUCUACCUACCUAGAAAAGUGUCCUUUGGGUACUUAAUGUCUUUGUCCUCUACUUGACUUGUAUCAGAUGAACAUGCAAUGCACUUUUGAUUCAUUUUGUAGCAGUGAUUUCAGCCUGUGGUGGUUGUUUAAUGUUGUGAUUUAAUUAAAGGAGAUGUUUAUUCAGGGUGUGUUGGGAUUUUGUGGCUGCUGAAGCAUGUUUUCCUAUUUAAUAUUCAUCAACAGUGUAAUUCCAAUAAACCACUGGUGAGUGUAUGAGUGAACAGUCAUUCUCAAGUACUGUGACCCCUGAUAACCUCUGGUGAGGCUGAUCCAAGCAAUGAAUUAAAAGAAAAUGAAAUAUUUAAACAGAGGAAUGUAGGCGUUCAUGUUUCAUAAAAACAAACAAACAUACAGUUAAUAAUCACGUAUCUCCUGUGUCUGGAUCUGGCAGGGACGUUUCUCGCAUGUCCCUUUACUGUGUCCCUCCAAUUUUUUAUGUUAAACCUAUGUUCAAUUUUGAAAUAAAGGCAUACAAAAACUAA